CUUGCAGCAUGUAUUUGAGUUGUUCUUUUCUUCAUUACUAUUUACAAAAACCUGGUCUCUCUGUUGACGAUUCAGAAUUUGAUCUGUUUACAGGGAUAAUACUGCUGCGAAAACCUAGACGCAAGCGUACUUUCCCUGUGCUCUAUAUGUCCUUGCAUUCAACUCAUUUCUCUACUAAAUUCAUAGGAGCAAACCCCUCAUAUGUAAUCUCCUCCCAUCCAGAAACGCCAGAUCAUGCCACAACGUCAUUUUCAAAGGGCCAAAAUUCUCCACUUGACUCCUAACUUGGGUAUAUUCCAUCUCCAUCGUUAUUCUUAAUGCAAGCGUCGCAUUUUGCUUGUUUCAGUCAUAAAGCUCGCUGCUCUCAGUCCUGUGAUCUGAGAGGCUCCACAGUCAUCACCUCGCAAGUCCCACCUGUUGACUGGGCUUGUGAUGGCUUGGUGAUGCCUCACCGUCUUCUUCUGGCACCGAGACCAAAACGUGGUCGCUGGUGGUGAGCUGUGAUACACUCGAUCCUCUUGACCGAGAAUGAACAGUGCCCAGAGAAGCCAAUGAAUCGUCCAAUGUAAUCACGAUCGGAGGGCUGGAUGGGGCUGAGCUGGGUUUGUAGCCUCCAGAGGC